GCUAAUGGAGGAUAGGCUGGUACUGAGCUUACGGACUAAACUGUUCCCCUUUACGCUCUCUUUGCUCCUGUUUUCUCCCCCAAUUUAGCUUCUUUACAUCGCGGAGCGCACGUACCGAAUAAGCCAGCGGACGGCGACUGCCCUUGUGUUUUGGCGUCGCGAUGGAGGCGCCACCUCAAAAUCAUGGCUCCUCAAAGGGGAUCAUGACCUUUCACCCCACCAUGGAGGAGUUCAAGAACUUCAACCGUUACAUUGCAUAUAUGGAGUCUCAGGGAGCCCACAAAGCCGGUCUGGCCAAAAUCGUGCCUCCUAAAGAGUGGAAGCCCAGGGCGUCCUAUGAGAACAUCGACGAGCUGGUGAUACCUGCUCCCAUCCAGCAGGUGGUGACGGGCCAAUCGGGGCUCUUCACUCAGUACAACAUCCAGAAGAAGGCCAUGACUCUGCGCGAGUUCAGGAAGAUGGCCAACAGUGACAAGUUCUGUUGUCCAAACUACGACGACUUUGAAGAUCUGGAGAGAAAGUACUGGAAGAACGUCACCUUUAACCCGCCCAUUUAUGGAGCAGAUGUCAACGGAUCGCUCUACGAUCCUAACGUGAAGGAGUGGAACAUCUGUAACUUGGGCACCAUCCUGGACACGGUGGAGAGUGAGAGUGGCAUCACCAUAGAGGGGGUGAACACGCCGUACCUGUACUUCGGCAUGUGGAAGACCACGUUUGCCUGGCACACGGAGGACAUGGAUCUAUACAGCAUCAACUACCUGCACUUCGGCGAGCCCAAGUCCUGGUACUGCAUUCCUCCAGAGCACGGGAAACGGCUGGAGCGUUUGGCUAAAGGGUUCUUUCCUGGCAGUUCCCAAAACUGUGAAGCCUUUUUGAGACACAAGAUGACUCUUAUCUCCCCCUCAAUACUCAAGAAAUAUGGGAUUCCAUUUGAAAAGAUAACCCAGGAGGCCGGUCAGUUUAUGGUGACUUUUCCGUAUUCGUAUCACGCCGGAUUCAAUCAUGGGUUUAACUGUGCCGAGUCCACCAACUUUGCCACAGAGCGAUGGAUCGAGUACGGCAAGCAGGCCAUUUUGUGCUCAUGCCGUAAAGACAUGGUGAAGAUCUCCAUGGACGUGUUUGUGAGGAAGUACCAGCCGGAGCGGUAUGCCCAGUGGUUGGCCGGGCGAGACGUGGUGCCCAUCGACCACUCCAGACCCACCCCAGAGGCCAGGGAGUUCCUGGGGGAGAGCUCCAGCGAGGGCAGCUACUGUGGGGGAACUACGACGGGCUUUGAGGAGAACGGGGACUGUAAGAGUGCUACUCAAAGGAUUGAAUCGAAGAGACACAGGAUUUGCCUUGACGUUCCGAUGGGGGUGGUCCCCAGGGAUGACAACCUGGAUGAAGACGAUCAGGAAUACGGGAAAAGACCCAGACUGAGCCUCAUCCCACCUAGAAACAUCUCCCAGGACGCCAAGAGAAACAAAGGUCCCCCAAAGCUGGUCGUCACCCCCACCAAGCUCACCUUACUGGACCCCUUCCACCGAAGCUUCUCCCAAACCAACCCCUCCCAGCCCCCGCACUACGCCAGGACCCGCCCACCCUCCAUCUCCUCCCAGAACGGGCACCUCUCUCUGUCUGCCGCACCCGUCACGCCCAAACGCAAAAUGGGCGUGGCCAGUCUCCUCUUCCAUCGCCCCCUCAGCCCCAAAGACAUCCUGCAAGUCCACAACUACACCCAGGACAUACAGAGGAGGCCCCCCACUCAGCUCCAAGUCCACAGCUACGCACGCGAGCACCAGCAUCACCCACGGCAACUGCCAAAUAAAGUGAUCAUUCAACCCCAAUUGAUAGUUAAACAGGAAACCGAAGAGGCUAAUCCAUCUAAAGUGAAGCUAGAGCCAGUGGAGGAGGUCCAGGUGAAGGCAGAGGAGCUGAAUGAGAGCAGGACGUCUUCAGAGUCCAGCAGCCCCACGUCCUCUCCUGGGGUCAGUCCAGUCAAAGUGGAUAAGAACAGGAGGAAGAGCUGCCAGUCUCCGCUUGUGGACAGUGACAUUGUAGUUGUGACAGACAUCUUCACUGGCACAGCACCGCUUUGUGCUCAAACAGAGGUGGUCUCUCAGGAUCAGGUGGCAGAGGAGGAGUCGUAUUGUAAGUCUGUGGCAAAGAGGAGGCAGAGGCAGAUGGGGCUGCCCUCUCUGCCCCCCUCCCACCCGCUCUUCACCGAGGUCAUCCACGAGACCAAUCUGCCCAGAAAGACCAACGAGGAGUGGGCCCAGCCUCUGACAGAUCUGUGGCAGCAGAGGCUUGAGAACCCCACAGCAGAGAGACAGUAUAACCAGAGAAUGAGCCAACAGCCCCCAUACUGCUCCAUCUGCCUGCUCUUCUACACGCACCACCAGUCUGAGUGUGGAGGGGACACGUCUUUAGUGACCAGAGGGAACUGUCAGUGGUCCAAACCUCUGAUCCCUGAGAUGUGCUUCAACACACAGUCUUCUAAAGGCACCGACAACUCUGAAGGCCAGCUGUCCAACCCCUACAUCGCCGAGGAUGGAACCAGCCGCCUUGUCACCUGUGGGCGCUGCUGUGUCCGUGUGCACACCAGCUGUUACGGCGUUUGUGAAGAUGACGAAGACUUAAACGACUGGCAGUGUGCUCGCUGUAAGGCCAAAGCCAUAUCUCAGGACUGCUGUCUGUGUUCACUCAGAGGAGGAGCGCUGCAGAGGGCCAACAAUGACAAGUGGGUGCAUGUGCUGUGUGCCAUCACUGUCCUCGAGGCGCGCUUCGUCAACGUCACCCAGAGGAGACCCAUCGACCUGUCCGCCAUCCCCCUCUCUCGCUUCAGACUGAAGUGUGCUCUUUGCCGGACCAGGCUGACCUCUGACACCCGUGGGUGCUGUGUGCAGUGCUCCCACGGGCGCUGCUCCACGGCAUUUCACCCCACGUGUGCCCAGGCCGCGGGCAUCCUCAUGCACCCUGACGACUGGCCCUUCAUCGUCUUCAUCACCUGCCACAGACACCGGGCCCCCACCGCUCCUGAGCGUAACAAGAGCUCGCAGAAGGACCUGAAGGUGGGGCAGAAGGUGAUCUGUAAGCAUAAAAAUGGCCGCUACUAUCACAGCGAAGUCUCUGCCCUCACCACUGCCACCUUCUACGAGGUCGUGUUCGACGAUGGUUCCUACAGCGACAAUCUGUUCCCUGAAGACAUAGUGGAUCGAGACUGUGUGAACAUGGGCCCCCCCUCUGAAGGAGAACCCGUGCAGGUCAGAUGGACAGACGGACUCCUCUACGGCGCCAAGUUCAUAGCGGCACAUUCAGACCCUGUGUUUCUGGUGGUUUUUGAGGACGGAUCUCAGGUGAGCGCGAAACCAGACGAUAUCUACACACUGGAGGAGGACCUGCCCAAACGAGUCAAGUCCCGCAUGUCGGUAGCUUCAGACAUGCGCUUCAAGAACUUCACUGAACCCAAAGUGAGAGAGAACUCCAAAAGACAGCGCGUCAUCAACUCCAGAUACAGAGAGGACUACAUCGAGCCCAGCAUCUACAGAGCCAUCCUGGAGUAAGACCUCCCCUUUAAGACCCCCCGGAGACUGCCCUUUUGAGACUUUAAGAGCCCCCUGCCCCCCUCCGUCUCCUCCCUCUGCUCAGGACUAACCCUUACGAACCCUUCAGCUCCUCACAGUGACACAAUUCAGUCACUGUUGGCAAUACUAUUUAUUUUAGGAACAGUCACAUUCAAGAUUAUAGUUUUUAUGGUUUUUAUUUUGAUCUUUUUUUUUCUUGAAGUGCUCAAACAGGACUGAAGUAUAAACAAGAAAUCUCCAAUAUUGUAGUUUUGGAGAAUAGAUAGAGAGCAGUUUGCUUACAGUGACAUCUCAAAGUAGCCACACAUUGGGAAUUCACAAAAAAAACAAAAAUCAUGACUUCUAUCUGUCAAAUAAUGUAUCUAUUGCUGGCGUGAUAGUUAGAAAUUGGAUUAACCGCCUGUCUCCAUGGAGAUGUUAUUGCUUAGCUGGGAAUGUUCUGCUGUAUAAGAUUACACGUUAUUAUGUAGCAUUUACCCAGUUACAGAUGUUUCUAUUGAGCAAAAAUACACUGAAAAAGUGAGCUGGGUCACCUCUCUACAGACCUGACCUGUAACUUGGCCUGGUACGAGAUUUUCUGAUAUACAGUGUAUUGUAAUGUAGUUUCUUCCUCACAAACAGACCUGGAGUUGUGUUUUGUUUCAUUCACAUGUUUAACACACAAACUCUGCACAUUUAGGCUGAGUUCUUCUCUCAAACAGAAAACACUCUGUUCCACCUUGUGAUGUCUAGUGGUAACACAGGAAGUGCUCCACUGUGUUUUUAAACAUCAUACAUCUUCAUUAGAAUCAUUCGAAUGAUUUCAGGUCUGGAUUUUCAGGUCUGGAAUUUCUACCAUAGACUGUAUCUGCAUCUCUCCUGUUAAAGUUCAUGUCAAAAAGGAGCUGUAACUGUAACUUCAAAACGACCACUACAUGACAUCACAAGGAGGAACAGAGCAUUUUAAGUAAUACUACCAUGUUUUCUGCACUAUAGGGCGCUCUGGAUUAUAAGACAAUAAAGUCAAUGGUCUAUUUUUGAACUUUUUUCAUAAACCACACCGGACUUUAUUGAAAUGAGUGUGAUGGGUGAGUGGUUUUGUUUGUUUGGUGCGUUCACGGUGACUCUGGGCUUUGUUCAGUUGUGGCGUGUAGGGAGGGUGUGUCUGGGACCAACGGAUUGUCGGCGUGUUCGCAGUGACUCAGUUGUUCAGUUGUGUCUAGAAGUGGCAUUGCACUCGCUUUUUCGGUUCAUUCCUCUGUUCCGUUCCUCGUCGGCGUGGAGUGAUGAGUGUGUCUGUGGGUGUUUUUGCCUGCGCGGUCGCUGUCUGCUCUGUGUGUGUUUGCAUGCGCUGCGGGUGGUGCUGGGACACCUGAGUGGGUUCGUGUAUAGGGCGCUCUGGAUUAUGGGGCACGCAGUUGUUUUUUGAUGGGGUUGGAGGCUUAGGAGUGCGCGCUGUAGUCUGGAAAAUACAGUAAUAAUCACAGAUAUACAAAUAAAUAAUAAUCUAACUCAGAUAUUUUCUAGGGAUGGGCAUUAUUAGUCAACUAAUCAAUAAUUGAUCAUUAAGAAUUUCGUCGAUUACGUUCAUUUCUAAUCAACAAACCAAAUGUAGGUUUCUGUGUGUAGAUAUGAAGCUGCGUCUGACACAAACACUGGAUUGGCUGUGGCUCCUCCUUGGAGAUCACUGUACCGCUCAGUGAGUGUGUUUACAUCCUCAUCUGUGUCCUGGUUUCAUCAUGGUGCAUGUUUCCGCAGUGUCACAGUUACUGCAACAUAAAGAGCUGUGCCAAACCUGCCCACAAACGAUCUUUGAAAACAUCACGACACACAGAACAGACUCACCUUCAGCAGAACACCCCUCUGUCACAGAAAGAACACUCAUAUUCCACUGAGUCGUGUCCUUUAGUCCAACAGAAGCUGAACCGCAUCAGCGCACAAGAGCGUUUUUUUUUUUCCCUCCGCAUAGUUUCUGCAAAUGAGCCGUGUGGUUUUAAGUCAGUUUAAAACUGAAUGAAACACAUUCUAAUGUCAAACGGGCUGAUAAUGGUGAUGGUUUAUAUGUUGUAAAGUUGAGUUUAUUUAUGCAGAUUAGUAACAGUAAUAAUAAUCAUGAUACUUAUAUAAAAAUGUGAAAGAUUAAUCGAAAAUUGGUCGUUAAUUCUCCCGACGAUCGAUUAAUAAAAUUUCAUCAAAUGCCCAUCCCUAAUAUUUUCUAUGUGAAGCGUCUGAGUGUCAUGAAAAGCGCUAUAGAAGUGUUAUGUAUUAGUAUUAUUAUUAUAAAUACAUGUGAAUGAAACAAAACACAACUCCAGGUUUGUUUUUGAGGAGGUAACAACAUUAUAACACGUCUUAAAUCUCACAAGAGUCCAUUUUGUGUAAUAUAGUCCCUUUAAAUCUGUUGCUGAGCUAAUGCCUUAUUUCCAAGAUGUGGCUACUUAUUGUUUGCUAAAAAAGUUCAAUAUUGUGUUCAUCAAAACCAAAUAUGUGUACUUUUAGCUGAUAUCAUAGCAUUAGCCGUUGUCUCUAAUAGAAUAUCAUGGCAUUUUUUAGUCAAAUCAGUCGUAACUGUUGCUACGUUAGCUUCAUGUCGCCAUUAGCAUAGCCUGGCUAGCCAUAACUUUUCUACUCGUCUUUCUUCAGGCAUCGUCAAGUUCUGUUCCAAAUUUGACCACAAGCACUUAAUAAAAUUAGGUUAAUGUUUCUAUUGUAAAGAAAAUAUUUUGUCUUUUGCGAUUUUCAGCUUCAAACUUUGGUAGGUUUAGUUUUUUUCUAUUGAGAAUUGUAACUACUGUAGACUAUUUAUAAGAGUGAGUUACGUUUUGAAAAGUUAACUAUUUUUGGCCCAAAUAUAUUUAUUAUUUUUCCACUUUUUAAGUUUGUGAAUGUUCCCCAAAUGGUGACUCCAGCUUGGCUAAUGUUCCCUGUUCAACUCUUGGAGCUUUUGAACUGAAGUAAUAUAUAUUUCAGUAGAGAAAGUAAUAAUAAGAUUUCAUUUUUGGACUUGUGUCUUAUCUGAUCUUAAAAAAAGGAAAAAAAAAAAAAAAAAAAAAAGAGAUUCUGAUCAAGCCAAGGAUUGUCUGUACACACUUUGUAACAGAAUAUUUCAGUAAAGUUUUGGGAAAUUCGAAAAUGUGUGCAUGUGGUUUCAUUUUUUCUUUUAUAUUUGAGCUAAAUCCGGUUACAGAUGUAUAAACUCUUUUCACGUUCACCGGAAGACGUUUGGAAACAUUCGCAUGGCGAUUUCCAGUGUAGAUCCUGACACUGGACAUGUGGUAAAACCGAGGAUUCAGCAGCAGCGUCUUCACAACCUGACAAAGUUUUCCACGGGG